AUGUUUUGUAGUGUAGCUCGUUAUCGACAUUUUAAGUCAUGUAAAUAUUUAAUUAAUUCAAGAUAUUUUCGAGCUUCAAUAAAAUGCUGUGAAACUAUUUCAAAUGAAAUCCCUAGCACUCCCUCUGACAAAGGAGGAUUCGCCAAGUCUUUCGAGAAACAAACACAAUUGCUUCAAGAUGAACCUGUGAUAAAACAAACGUUUGCUGCUUUACUUAGAAAUUCCAAAUUAAUCGAUCUUGGCGAUCCAGUUGAUAAAAUUGUCAUAGGUAAAAUCUUUCACAUUGUAGAGGAUGAUUUGUAUAUAGAUUUUGGGUGGAAGUUUCAUUGUGUAUGUACAAGACCCACGAAUAGAGGAGAAGAAUAUGUAAGAGGAGCUAAAGUGAGAAUACAAAUAAAAGAUCUAGAAUUGUCUUCAAGAUUUUUAGGAUCAGAUACUGAUCUAACUCUAUUAGAAGCUGACUGUAAAUUAUUAGGCAUCAUUUCUUCACCAAUUCGAACAUCAUCUAAUGAAAAAUCUAAU